CCUCGCUCUGAAGAUCGUUUGAUGGCGGCUGCCAUCUUCCGUGUAAAUCUUCUCUUACAGCAGCAGAAAACACCUUUCAAAACCGGCGUGCCGGUUUGGACAGCUUCCUCCAUCACUGCAAUCAUACAGUCUGAUUCAGAACCUGUUGAAUUAUAAUUUGGCGAAAUUACACGUGCAUCAACGUCCGUCGUGAGGGUGCCUGUUGAAGUGGGCUGUGUCAGAUCAAGACAUUGAUAUUGCAGAAGACGAUUUUACAGCUAUAACCUAAGAUGCCGGCCGUAAAGGGAGAGGGAAUGCGCGGCUUAGCCGUGUUUAUUUCCGACAUUAGAAACUGUAAGUGAUUUGAGACAUUUUAAUGUUUCCAAAUUGCCUCUGUUGAAUGAUUUUCGUGUCAGUUUCUGGCGUUUGACACGUGUGUGUGAGAUUCGAUUCAGCUGGGUUGUCCAGUGAUCAACAUUUGCCGCUUCAAUUCAUCACGGAUAUUUUGAAUAGCUUCCUCACGAUGUUCCAACACGUGUUUAUUUUUGCUUCAGGUAAAUCUAAAGAAGCUGAAAUCAAGCGAAUUAACAAGGAGCUUGCAAAUAUUAGAAACAAGUUCAAGGGUAAGUUUGUGUGCAUUAAUGCGAGUUGAAGUGCAUAUUAUCCAAAUUUAUUCCACGAAUAGCCAAAUCCUCUCACUUACGUCUUCUAAAACUUACGCUUCGUCUCACCGCUCUUAAUAUGUCGCCUUUAAUUUGAUUUUCAAGGUGAUAAGCAGUUAGACGGGUACCAAAAAAAGAAGUAUGUCUGCAAGCUUCUGUUUAUAUUUCUACUGGGGCACGACAUCGAUUUUGGUCACAUGGAAGCCGUAAAUCUUCUCUCUUCGAACAAGUACACGGAAAAGCAAAUUGUAUGUAUAUAUAUAUAUAUACCUGAUGUAUCAUUUACCUUAUUCAUUUUCUUUUUAUGAGCUCAAAACUGUCAAGUGUCUACUCCACAGUUUUGUCGAAAGAGACAAAUUGAUCCGGGAUGGAUAAGUUGUCAUUAAUUUGUGAUCGAACGGUCGUCCCAUUAGGUUAAACGUCAAACUUUGAUUUCCUUAAAGUUACCAUAAAUCAUGAUAUUUGUAAAGUUUAGGUAGGAAAACACUUUAGGGUUAUUGCAGAGAAAAUAAAUUGUCAAUCAUUUUGAGUCUAGAAAAGCUUCACAGAAUUAAAUGUACUUUUUGAUGUACAUGUACCUACAGGAACUCUAACUGCAGGCUUAAAUUCAUUAUCUCCCAGUAUGCUGUGAAAUUAGCCUGAUUUUAUAACUUGCAAUCCCCAUUUUGAAGAAGCUAAUUGGAUGAUCUGAAUUCAUAAGUAAAGGCUGUUUGAUUCUUUUCCUACCAAUAACAAACCACUUUGAAAGGUUAAAUGUUUUUUGUGUCUAUUUCCAUAAUUGUUUAUAAUAUUACUCCCUACAGGUGUAUGUGCUUAUUAGUGAAUAUUUCUGAGUGUUUGUCUUAACUCCUCUAAGGGGUGGUUGGGAAUUUUCUUUUCAUAGAUUUUUGCCAUCUUUGAGAUCAAUUUUUUUUAUUUUAGCUUUAAAAAAUUUGCCUUUUCUGGUUUCAUGUUUUUUUGCAGGUUUCUUUCUUCUCCUCUUUUUUUUUUUGCUUUCAGUUUUCAUCCAAGAUAAAAUCAGGUUUACGGAUUUGCUAUUCAAUGUGGCUUUCAUUCAAAAGGCAAAAAGAAAUUAAACCAAAUGAGAAGGGAGUAAUUUUAGAAUACCCUGUUCUACAUAAUGCAUUAGCAUAUCUCAUAGCAUUUCUAGAACAAAGUAUAUGAAAACAAAUGGAUCCAUUCUUAUUCAGUUACAUGGAAAUGAGACAAAAAUUGCCAGGUGUUCUAUAAUUUAGCCAAGAGAACUUUCUUAAAUUCAAACCUCUCUGCACUAGCCACCUUGGGGACAGAACUUAUAAGUUGCCAUUAUCACAUGUUGUAGUGUAAUAUAAAACCCCUGGGGCCUUGUGACUCCAGAAAUGUCUCUUGUCAUCUCUGUAUCAGGAAAUGACAUGUACCUCUUUAUUUCUACAGACUAAUUUUAUUAUAUGAGGAUUUUUGCUUACAACAUUAGUGUUUCCUCUUGUUGUCUGCAGGGAUAUCUGUUUAUUUCAGUCCUUGUAAGCGCAAACAGUGAGCUUAUCAAGCUCAUAAUCCAAAGCAUCAAGAACGACCUUUCCAGUCGUAAUCCCAUCAAUGUCUGCCUGGCACUUCAGUGCAUAGCAAAUAUUGGCAACGAGGAAAUGGUGGAAGCUGUGGGCAAGGAAGUUCCUAAGCUGCUAGUUUCACCGGACACAAAUGACAGUGUCAAGCAAUGUGCAGCUCUCUGUGUUUUGAAGCUUUUCAAGUUGAAACAUGACAUCUUACCACCGGGAGAAUGGACAUCAAGGAUAGUACAACUACUAAAUGACAAGCAUCUGGUGAGUUGUUUCUUUAUAAUAUUAGGGUUUCUAGGAAUGAUUGGAUAAUUAUGUAAGGCUUAUUACUCUUAGACUAAAAUCUAUCCAGUUUACUAAGCAUUAAAGUUUUGAGCAAAAACUAUUUUUUCCCUCUUGAACAAAGAUAGAGAGAAUGUUGCCAGGGCAACUGGGAACUGUUAGAGCACAGCCUUGUAUUCAUGUACAUUGAAGUUUCUAGAAAAAUGAAAAGUUCAGAAUUAAUUAGGAGGAGGAAGAAACAAUACUUUGAAGCUUUGUUGGUGUCACUGCAGGAUAUUUUUAGCUGUCAAAAACAACCUUUUCUAGUGAAAUACUGUAAACAAUGUCAUGGGUCAGGUGGAUCUUUUAAGUAACUUUCAUGAUGAAAGUUACUGGAUGUGUACAUUACAGACACAAAGGUUUGCCAUUUGAGUUUGAUUUUUAAAAGACUGGCAUUACUUCAAAGUGUAUGGGCCACGAUAUCACCAAAAUUUAUACAAUAUAUAUUAUCUUGGUCCUCUCCUGAAGCAUGUCUUUCUUUCUUUACCAUUGAAGUCUCCUUGUACACUGAUCAUGUAGCUUUGAGUUGCUCAGAGUUACAGUUGUACAGUGUAUCUGACUCAGAUCAGGACCCUCCUCGACCUGUAUAAUUCCUCAUAUCACACGCGGCCUCAUCCAAUAAUAGUAAAGUAAUGUUUGGUCUUCUUUCUUCCUGGACAGGGCGUGGUAACUUCCGCUGCCAGCCUUAUUCAAGGUGUUGUCCAUAUUUACGCUGAGGACUACAAAGGCUGUGUUCAGUUAGCUGUGUCAAGACUUAGCAGGGUAUGAAAUUUGCAUAGAUGUUGUAGUUCAGUUUGCUGGUAUAAUAUUGUAUGAUAAUGAGCUUGAAACAAAGAAAAAUAAAUUUUGAACUUACGAUAAAAUUUGACCACAACACGUAGAAGUCUGUUUUGUUACUCUACAUGCAUGUUUGCUUGAUGUCAGUAGUGUCCUGAUCAUCAAUAAUUUACAGCAAAAAAUGAGACCACCUCACAGUGGGCAUUGUUGAAAAAGGUUAAUAGUGGUUGUGGUAAAAAGCACAUGUCGUGAUGUGUACUGUACAUUGAUUUAUUCAACUUACAUUCAGCAGGCAGUUUUCAUCAAACGAUCAUGUACUUGACAAUGAGUAAUAAUAUUAUUGUUUUCAACAGAUUGUGACAUCAUCCUAUACAGAUCUUCAAGAUUACACAUAUUACUUUGUUCCUGCUCCAUGGCUUUGUGUUAAGUUGCUUAAACUUUUACAGAUGUAUGGCGCCCCAGGUGAGAUUUCCAUCAGGAUUGUUUUAUAUUUGUGACCUCACAUGUGAAAACGUUCCUUAUGGUUUACGGUUUUCGAAGGGAUAGCCAUUCAUAUGCUGUUUAUUAGCCAUUCAAACAAACUGGGUAUCAGUUUGAACGGCUCAGGCUAUCCAUUUGAAAAAAUUGUAAUCUGUUCGAACAGCUCAGGCUAUCCGUUCGAAUGGCUCAGGCUACUGUAUCUGUUUUUGCGCGAGAAGUCACAUUUCUACUGUUCCUCAUUAUUAACCCUUUAAUUCCCAAGAGUUAUCCACAUCAGUUUUCUCCUAAUAAUACCAAUACAUGAUCAAUAGGAAAGAUUAUGAGAAUCAAUGACAUGAUCACCUACAUGAGCAUGCUUUCAUCUAAAGUUUUAUCAAAUUCUGUCAACUAAUUAUUUAAGAAAAUGUAUGGAGAUCAGUUUAGAGAAUUUGUAACUGGAUAUCAGGGCUUAAAGGGUUUAGUGAGGACCUGUUCGGGUAAAAUUCUGACAAGUGACAUGAUCUUUAGACAGCGAUGUAGGACAGCAGAAAUGGUGGUAAAUGACACAAAGAUGGGUUGAAUUGUGAUAGCGACAGAGAAAAGCGCAAAUACAAUAGUAAAACACUGACAGCGACAUGGCUUCCUCUUCAAUACGCAAAAUGACAGGUUGUGAAAUUCCAACUGCAGACAUACAUAACCCCCCUAAGAUGGCCUCAGCAGUGGCUAUGUUGGUGUUCCAAACCUGUGAAAUGGAGACUAUGCCGGUGUACCUUGUUAUGUGUAAACUUUCUUUUGUUACAAGAAAUGUGCAUAGCUGCUAACCAUGUGAUUAAAAAUGUUUUAUUGUAGACAUCCAGGAAUCUCCACUGACAAAAAUACUUGUGGUGUCUUUAUGUACCUCCUCUUCCCCAACAUAAGAUGUUUCCUCAUUUGUAUAAAUGCCCCAUUGUAGUUUUUCUGGUUAUGCAAGCUUUGCACAAAGAAGAUAUUUCAGUUUUCAGAUUUUCACACCAAAAAUGUUUGCCUAUUAGGCUCAUCAGAUGGGUGGGGUGAUAUCUUUAUCACGUUUCACCGAUACAUGUAUAUUCAGGGUGGGUCCUUGUUGAGACACUUUUUGACCUGCAAAUUAAAUUUUUUUGCUGCCCUUUUUCAUCGAUUUCAGCCAUAAACAGUUUACACUGCCACUGGAGAAAUUAUCCUUAAAAAUUACUUGCUCAUUGCAAAUAAACAUUGUUUUAUUUAAUCUUGCUGACUAUUUUAGUGCUCU